UAUUUUUUAAUGCGGCAACGUUGAUGUUUAAGCAGUUUUAAAUCGCUGAACGGAGCCUUCCUAUAAUUAAAAGUAAGUUUCUUCUUGAAGCUAUGACGUAAUUGUCAAACGCAUCCUCCCUCCCACUUCAGUAUAUCAGAAGUCAUUUAUCUGGCCGUGAAAAACUUUAAACAUGUCUUAAGUCACUGAAUAUGCGCAAAUGCGCACUUGUCUGAGUUUUCCUUCGUAAAAGACUUUGAAUCAGUUAGGAAUGGACAACCUUGGUGUGCAAGGUACUUUGCACCGUCUACCUCCAGCUACCAGCCCCUCCCUCAGGAGAUCCACCAAGAGCAGAGCUCCGACUCCCCCGGCCAGUGCACAAACUUCAGGAAGCCCGAGGGCUCUUCAGCGACUCCCGGGUCUUCCGCCGGUCACCAUGGAGCAGAAGGAGAACAUGACCGACAGGGACUUGACCCUGACUGUGGUCCUUCCAGGGGGUGUUGAGAGGACCGCUGUGGUACAUGGCAGCAAGCCCAUGAUGGACCUCUUGGUCAUGCUUUGUGGCAAGUACCGCCUGAAUCCCUCUAGCCACGCCAUCGAACUGAUCUCCACCAAUCAGAAUCGCAUCAAGUUCAAGCCCAACGCUCUCAUAGGAGCCCUGGAGGCCGAAAAGAUCUUGCUGAAGCCCAAAGGAGCCGAUAAGAAUAAGGCGGUGGGCCCUCAGAUCCCAGAGGCUACGGUUCGGCUGAUAAUAAACUACAAGAGGGCACAGAAGACCAUUCUGAGGGUGAACCCUCAAGUCCCCUUAAAGGAACUCCUACCAGCCAUUUGUGAGAAGUGUGAAUUUGAGUGCCAGGAUACGGUUCUAUUGAGGGACGUGCUGUCGGCGGAGCCCCUGGAUUUGAGCAAAUCCCUCAACGACUUCGGCCUGAGGGAGGUGUACGCCAAGGAAUCAAAAGGUAACAAUGCAAGUAAAGACUUUGAACGCUCUCUGAUCCUGCAAGAAAGAAAUUAUAGUCCACAAAGCAAAGGUAACACGCCAAAAGAGAUGGAAAACAAAGGAUUGUUCAGAAUGUUUAGAAGAAGCAAGAAGAGGCUUGAACGGAGCGCCGCAGCCAGUGCGCCGGCCUCCCCCACGGUGACCAAGCAGUCCUCCACCCUGACGAGCAGCAGCGGCCCAGCGUACAGCUCCAACACCAUGCCCACCGACGUGCCGAAGAAGAGGCGGGCCCCUCUGCCGCCCAUGAUGAUGUCACAGAGUGCCCCGUCUGGCCUUGAUGGUCACCGAGUAGAGGCCCUAUCUGACGAUUCCCAGAUGCUGUCUGGGUCGAGUUGUUCAGGCUCCCCUGAAACUUCCACGAAGAGGGUCAAGCGGAGGGCGCCGCAGCCCCCCUGCACAGUCACCCCGGGUACCCCUCAUCAGGAUGACGGCGUAAAUGGAAGAACAAUCUCCCAGAGCACGCUGGAGGAGAUCCACGAGCUGGAGGAGAUACUCUCUCCUCCGAUGCUGAGCUCCAGCCCCGUAUCUGCCCCCCCCCCUGCCCCGGUGGAUUGUGGGAAAGCAGACCUCGCCUCUGAUCCUGCUGACUGCAACACGCAGAGCUCCCUGCAGUCUGAGCACACGGGGGAAGAUCAUUCUAGUGAUCUUUCCUCAGAUGGCAAACUGGUUGGGAAGUCUGGGGCCAGCCAGCAUUGUACGGAACAAACACUGAAUACUGAAGAGACUGAUAUUCCCCAAAUGGGAGGCACAGAGACCCAGGCAAAUCUGACCGAAGAAAGGGACAUUCAGGUUAGCCUCUCUUCUGAGAACGGACUGGUCCCAGAUGGGGAUGGAGAACAGUGUCCGGCUAGACUGCAUAAUGAUCAACAACCUCGAACCCAGAGCCCUACUCCCCCAAACCCCCCUUCCCAGGAUUCAGGGCCGUGUGCUUCGGACCAGCUUAAUGGCAGCACCACCUUCUGGGACCAGCUGGAGAAAGCUGACCUAAACGUAGAUGCACACAGCAUCCAUGAAGAAGAGUCCCAGAUUGCAUUUUCAUCUACUACUGAGCCAGCAGCAGCUGAAGCAGCCAAGCUGAAGAAAGACAUGGCUACCUCCACGGAGGAGCUCUGCAUCUCGGAUCACUGGACUGCUCCAGCCACAUUCGAGUGUCUGCGGUCACCUGUCACGAAGGGCGCUCUCAUUUAUGCGAAGGAAACGACUCCCAAACCCAAACUGCCAGUCAAGUUCCCGCGGGGAUACACGCCGAAGGUGGGCCUCACCACCUUCACUGUCGUCCCUCAGAAGACCCUCAAGAAGGUGAGGCUGUUUGAGGUGGAGGUCACGCUUGAGGCUCCCAGUGCAGUAGGGCAGCAGGAAUCGGCUACCAGCCCCCCAGAGACUGGAAAACAUCAAAUGGCGUCGGGACAGAUGCAGCUGUCGGAGUCGUGUGCCCCUGCACCAAGCCACGAUAGCUGUGAAAAUGACAUGAGUAUGAUCAAUGACGGUGGUGGCCAUAGCAACGUAGACUCAACUCAGCCAGACCUUGUUCCCCCUGUAGUUCCUGCAGGAGAUGGCAAGGGCUACGAACCUUCACUCACUUUUGAUGGAAGCAUCAAGGCCGGUCCAGCACUUCAGAUCAAAGGCAAGAAAAUCCCACCUGCAACAAAGCCCAAGCCAGCCUCGUUCCGCCUGCCGCAACACAUACAAACACCUGGGUAUCCCGUUACCUCAGUGACCGUGAGUAAUGUGAGCACCAGCCCAGACGGGGCUCCAGGGCAACAGGGAAAAGAAUUGCCCCGGGAACAGUCUACCGAGAUGAAUUUCUCUCUUUCGUCUCCACCCUCUCGUCUUCCUGCGGAGCAUUGGGAGGAGGAGUGGGCUGGAAGGAGCCCUCGGGGGGUGGGGAGGACUCAAGAAAAACCCUCCCCUGAAAUCUCAAAGCGAGCAGGAGCCCUCGCUAAGCCGCCUCCCCCUGGACUGAGUCUGGAGAAGUUGAGGAGUUUUGCGGCUCCCAAACCAUACUCUCCCGCCAAUCCCUCUCGGUUCGCCUUGGCCGUGUCCUCGGCAGUCAGGAGGUCCCAGUCCCUCACCCAAGGUCCCGGCGUCGGUUGCUCAAAGCCCAGUUACAUACUACCUGUGCAAGAUUUUAAAGAACAAUCAAGAGGCCUGGAAAAGGAGAUACGGGACGUGGAGGGAGGAAGAGAGCAUGUGCAACGAGAAGCGGUUCCCAGAGGUCAGGGAUCGGGGAGAAUCUCGCCUGCAGCGGUGACGGACGCCAGCAGACACGGAGAGGCACGUGGACAAGGCCCCGGCUGCGCGGGCGUAGCGGAGUGUGACGGAGACUGACUGGAACUUGUAGAGACGUGACGUGUGGAGCAGCGAAUUCAGUGCUGUCACAUGACUUCUGAAGACCCGCCUCGAAAAGCUACUGGCCAGGCUGUACAAAAAGAGGAGGAAAGGAGUGUUAUUGGAACCCCAGAAAUCUGUGGGGUAGCCCUGCUGAAAAUACAGCCAAUUUAAAAGAUAUCGUUAUAUAAAGGUCAUAUAAUCCUAAUAUUUUCUUUAUUCUUGUACCAUAUUUCACAAUGUUUAAUAUGAGAUUUAUAAAAUUGGUUAAUUUUAUAUUAUCUAUGAUUUGUGUAUAUAUAUAUACAAACAAUAUAUACAUAUAAAAGACUGGUUUAAAUUAUUAGUAUUAAAAUUAAGCUUAAUUUCUGAACUAGAGAAUUAAAGAUUUAUAAAUAUGGUACUUUUAUUACAAAUCAUUUAUACUCAUUUUUUAUAUAUUGUAUUUUUGUGUGUAUAUACAGUAUAUUGUAUAUGUUAAAAAUCAAAUCCGUUUAAAAUCCACUUUUGUUGUUCAGACACAAAGGUACUAUAUUACCAUACAUUACACUGGGUGGAAAUUUUCAAAUAAACAUGUUAGACGCAGCUGAACUAUCCAACUGUGUAAAAUUAAUUUUAUUUCCUUUGGUGAUUGAUCCCAUAUAAUAAAGAUGCUUCGGUUAUGAUUUCA